AUGUCUGGCUCACCGUCGAACUACGCUGACUUUCAGAACGACCGCCCUACGCUGCCGCCCAUUCAAGAGCUCUCUCGUCCUUCCGUACCCCUUGAACCGCCAUCCAGCAUCCUCGCCCGCUUGAGCGUCGCGGACGACGACCACGACGUCCGCCGCCGAGGUAGUAGUAGCGUGCAUGGCAUCUACUCCCCGCCUCUCCAGCAGCGGUCCUUGUCUGGACCUAAGCCUCCUCUCCGACCCUCUGACGCGGCAGCGAGCCCCACCUACACGUCGUCGCUAUUGCCGCCGACAGCAAGCAGCUCGCGAUAUGUCCCCUCACGUUCCAUGUCCUUUUCCGCUCCGUCCUCGUCCAGGUUGAGCGACGCGCCCGCAGGCCUUCGCCAGAAUCUACCCCAUCGUAACUCGAUCUCCACCUCCACCUACGCGAUGGAUAAUCGCGGGGAGGAGCGCACCCCUAUCGCGCGCUAUGGACCGCCAAGUGCGCGCUUCGUGGUACCCGGUGUCCGCGAGGGGGCCCCAUGGGCCGGGACCAUAACGACAUCCGUAGACAGAAGCCGCCACGCGGAGGAUGAUGAGCAGACGCCCGUCGCUCGCACGCUCGGCACGUCUUCACCCCCAACGGCGUUCAGCCACGUCCCGCUACAAGCCCCGCCAAGCGUCAGCGGCGCCAAGUACGAGUGCACGUACUGUGGGAAGGGCUUCAACCGUCCGAGCAGCCUGAAGGUGAGAUCCCCUCGUCUUACUUCACACCAGGGCUCACCCCACCGCAGAUCCAUCUCAACAGCCACACCGGAGAAAAACGUUGGUCCUGAUUUCCGCCCCGCCACGCAUGAUACUGAUACUACCGUAGCUUUUGUGUGUCCCGUCGAGGGCUGCGGGCGCAGCUUCAGCGUCUUGAGCAACAUGCGCCGGCACGCCCGCGUCCACAGCAGUGGCGACUCCUCCGUCAAGGCGGCAGACUCGAGCGACGAAGGGGGCGAGCGCGGGGCGUCCCCCAUGCAGGCCAGCAGCUCCGCCUCUUCACGCGGCUCGGUCGAUUUCUCAACAUGGCGACAACAGCGCCGUCGUGAUAGUAUCGCGUCGGCUACGUCUACGACGAGCUCGCGACGUAGUAGAAGCGCGUCAAUAGCGUCAGAUGACGAAGAAGCCGCACGGCCUGGCAAGCGGCGCAAGUAGAGACGGGGAAGGACGUGGGGGUGCGCGCGCCGCCUUCGAGCUCGUCUUCUCCCGCGCCAUGCACGAGCCCUAGGGCUGGACACCUUGCCUUCGCAUUCUGAUUACUGGGGUUCUGCCGUCUAGCUAUUUAUCCCGGUAUUUAUUCGCCAUGCACCUGUACCACCGCUCCUUGUAACGUCCUACAUUGGCACCAUUAUUCC